UCCAGCGUCGGGACGCCUCUGCGCCAAGCCGCCAGCACCGUAGCAUGGACUGUUUUAUAGGCAAGUGGAGCCUCGUCUCCAGCGAGGGCUUUGACGAGUAUAUGAAAGAACUAGGUGUGGGUAUGGCCCUGAGGAAAAUGGGGAGCAUGGCCAAACCUGAUGUAACGAUCAGCAAAGAUGGAGAUACAAUCACCAUAAAAACAGACAGCCCCUUAAAAUCUUCACAAUUGAGCUUCAAGCUGGAUGAGAAAUGUGAGGAAAAUACAUUAGAUGGCAGGAAAGUUCAGACCCUUGUCACUUUAAAUGAUAACACAUUGACUCAGCGCCAGGAGUGGGAUGGCAAGGAGUCCACAAUAACACGGAAGAUAGAGGAUGGGAAACUGAUUGUGGUAUGCGACAUGAAUGGUUGUAAGUGUACGAGAGUCUAUCGGAAAGCAUGAAGACAUUGUCUCCAUCCUGGGUUGGAGCGUGCUACAAACGACCUCAGUUUUGCAAACAAAGCUCCUCUACUCUCCAGUUUUGACUCUUCACCGUUUGGUAGUAUUUCAAUAGGAUUGCACACAGCUAAGCAGUCCAUUUCAGUCAUGAUGUAACUAUUCUGAACAGUUGUGGAUGUUAAAUAAAACUUUCAGAUACAUGAA